AUGAAGUGCUGGUUGGCAAUCCUGCUCCCACCGCUGUUGACGGACUGCUUGGGUGAAAUUCAUUUCCCAGAUGAAACACAUCUCAAAAAUGUGCAACACUCUGACGACACGUACUUGGUGUUCCAGGCAUCUGGGUAUGGUGUUGAUUGCGAUCAGGUCUAUCGCGUAGAAUUGAGCCGGCCAACUGAGACGUUGUCUAGGAUCAGCACUGGAAUCGGCACUUCUGCUGGGUCUUCUGCGCCCUUUUUCCCAAGUAGCAUGGACAUUGUAUACUCUGGAAAUUUCCACAGGACUAAAAUUGAUGCUAAAAAACUUACGGAUGACGCCAGCUGCACGCCGAGGAAGUGUGAUUCAUCAGAGGUCCAGAAAGAUGAAAUACUGAGGAAAAUAUGUAAGUCUGGCUACGCAUGGGACGUUUUCCCGGAUUAUGAUAUUUUCAAGGUGAAUGAAUAUGGUAAUAUCCUUGAUCGACUCACUAACAAUAGCGUCUACGAUUCGGAAGCCUCGAUUAGUCCUGAUGGCAAGAAAAUAGUCUACACCAGCAAGCAGAGUGGUGAUUUGGAUCUCUGGAUCAUGGAUUUCGAUGGGACAAACAAAAAACAGCUGACAACUGAAAAAGGCUACGAUGGUGGGGCUUCCUUUUCUCCAGAUGGCAAGAAAAUUGUUUUCCAUGCAACUCGACCAAAAACAAAAAAGGAAAUCGAAAUCUACGAACAUCUACUUGAAAACGAUCUCGUGGCCAUUAGCGAAAUGGAGUUGUACGUGAUGAACGCAGACGGCACUGACAAACGUUCUGUCUUCAAACAACCACGUGGUAGUCUCAAUUGGACCCCUUAUUAUCAUCCGGAUAAUAAAAGAAUCAUAUUCAGUUCAAAUGCCAAUUCGACGAGGCCCUCAGAAUUCCACCUCUAUAUCAUUAACGAAGAUGGCACUGGACUCGAGCAGGUGACCUUCGGCGAUGGAAAUCUCAACGCAUUCCCAGUAUUUUCUCAUGAUGGCAAGAAAUUGGUCUGGUCAUCAAAUCGAGGUCCAGCAGGCUCAGAGGGUCUUAAUCUGUAUAUCGCUGACUGGGUAGACUCCGGAAGGAAUGCCAAUGAUAAAAGUGAUGCAAAGGCGGAACUGCGAACGAAUCGUGUUCCGGAAAAGUCAAUUCAGGAAAAUGCUAUGCGCUGGCAGGACACGAAGACCACUCCUUAUGAUAACAUUGUUCAUUACCCGGGAGAACGACGUUUGAAGAACGUUAAGCAGCUGACUUUUCGAGGGCAGAACGCCGAGGGCUACUUCAGUUAUGAUGACUCCAAACUCACUCUUCAAGCCAGUGGCUAUGGAACCACUUGCGAUCAAAUUUACGAGCUCGAUCUCAAUGUUGAUCCAAGAAAACAGAUAAUGAAGAGGACGAGCACUGGUCUAGGCGGUACCACUUGCUCGUUCUUCUACGAUGAGCCUGACAACAACCAUCGGCUUUAUGCUGGAGAUUUUUGGGCGCUCAAUGGAACGGUCCGCAUGGCCGACAUCACAAACACGUGCCCACCGAAAAAGUGUGCAAAUCGUACGUCCAUCAAAGAUCCCGUUCUUCGACAGCUUUGUAACACCACCUACACCUGGGACAUCUAUCCCACUUUCGAUAUCUUCAUGGUGAACAAGUACGGUAAUAUCGUUAAACAAUUGACUGACGAGCCCGGAUACGAUGCUGAAGCGGUGCUGAGCCCUGACGGAAAGAAAAUCGCAUUCACAUCGAUCCGUUCUGGAGAUCUCGAGCUAUGGACAAUGAAUACGGACGGCACGAAUCUCAAACAGGUAACAAACCAACUAGGCUACGACGGUGGAAGCUUCUUCUCGCCUGAUGGAAAACGACUCGUUUUUCGUUCAAGCCGGCCGAAAACUCAAGAAGAGAUCGCAAAGUAUAAGAAACUGCUUGACUAUCACUUGGUGGAGCCCACCCACACAGAGAUCUAUGUGGUAGAUGUCGAUGGCACUAACUUGAAGCAGUUAACGAACUUCGGGGUCGCCAGUUGGGCACCCUACUUUCUGCCUGACAACAAACGGAUUAUUUUCAGCUCAAACUACAACAUGAGUGAAACAGAACGCGGCUCCUUCGCUCUGUAUGUCAUUAGGGAUGAUGGGACAGGACUGGAGCGAAUAACUUUUGGUGAAGGGUAUCAGUUCAACUCGUUCCCGAUGUUUAACCGUGCCGGAACAAAAUUGGUAUGGGGCUCAAGUCGUAACCGUACAAAAGGAGCUUCUAUGAAUUUGUUCAUCGCCGACUGGAUCGAUGAAGUCGACGGAGGUGGCAGUGCCACAUCAGGACCGGUGCUUACCAUCUUUUUGAUUUCAUCCUUAAUGCUUAUCCUGCACUAA